AUGGAUCAGGGACACAUCAACGACCCAUCGGCAGGAAGCGCUGGUAUAAUUGCUUCCGAGAUCGCAGACAGCGAGCACUUGUUGGAUAAAAGUGGAUCUUCCAUUGGAGCAUAUGGUUCUACUGAGACACGCGACAACCAGGAAUUGGAUGUGGAUGAGAUAAACGGAUCUUUGCCAAAAGCACAGUUUUACACAUUAAUUGGCAGCAUCUAUAUGGCUAGCUUCUUGGCAGCUUUGGAUACAACAGUUGUCACAACUUUAUUGACUGUAAUCGCUUCAGACUUGAAUGCAGUUGAGAAUAUAAGCUGGAUAGCCACUGCUUACCUUUUAUCAUGUUCCGCUUUCCAACCAAUAUAUGGCAAAUUAUCCGAUAUAUUUGGAAGAAAAAUUCUCCUUUUAAUUUGCUGUUUUCUUUUCGCGGUAGGUUGUUGCAUCUGCGUCACCGACUCGCUUUUGCUUUUAGUCAUUGGACGUUUUGUCACAGGCUGUGGUGGUUCAGGGCUAACCACUCUAGGUACAAUCACCAUGUCAGACUUGAUUCCCCUUAGAGAUAGAGGCUUGUACCAGGGUUUAGCAAACAUUUGCUUUGGCCUAGGUGCUGCAUCUGGGGGUAUCGUUGGGGGUGUUGUUGCUGAUAUUUUCGGUUGGAAAUGGGUAUUCAUCUUUCAAGUGCCUCUCGCGAUUAUUGUCGGGAUUGCAAUCUUUGCGUUUCUUAAUUUACCCGAAGGAUCCCCUGGAUUAGGUGCUACAGGAACAGACUUUUACGAGAAAUUAAAACGCGUGGAUUUUCUUGGUGCAUUUUUUUUGGUGUCAUCGCUUAUGGUAAUUCUCACAACAGCGUCAAUUGGGGGCACACAAUUCGCGUAUUCUUCGAAAACUUUCAUUGGGUUGGUGGCUCUUUCUGCUACCCUUUUAUCCUUAUUUAUUUAUACAGAGUGCUACAUCUCUGAUGAACCUAUCAUUCCAAUGGAAGUUAUGACUGAGAGGACAGUGUUGGCUUCUUCGCUCACAAAUUGGUUCUACACAAUGGGUGUUUUCACAUACCUUUUCUUCAUUCCUUUGUUUUUUCAAACAGUGAUGGGACUUUCCGCUACCCAGAGUGGCGAGAGAGUUAUACCCAAUUUCUUUGCUGUAUCGCUUGGAUCAGUUGGCGCAGGUCUCUACAUGAGAAAAACUGGUAGAUACUACUCUUUAACAGUUGUUGUUGGUAUCAUUUCUUUAUUAGGAAUGUUUAGGGUAUUGAAUUUAUCACCUGAGUCGUCGUUGUUCACACAAUUUACAGUUUUGAUUCCUCCUGGAUUUGGCUAUUCGUGUAUCUUGACAGUCACGCUACUUUCACUCAUUGCUGCUGUUCCAAUGAAAUAUCAAGCAUGCACCACUUCUAUUCAGUAUACCUUUCGGGCGACAGGUUCUACGAUUGGUGUGUCAAUAGCUAGUGCAAUUUUUCAGAAUACUGUCAAAACUAAUUUAUCUCACAACAUUCACCAGGUGAUUUCAGACCCCAAAUUGGCAGAAAAGAUCAUUAGAAGGGCUCUUGAAAAUACAAAUUAUGUUAGGGAGGCUCCAGAAAUUGUUCAAAGUGCUAUCAAGCAAGCCUACAAUUCAGGAUGCAAAGGAACUUUUAUUUUCAGUACCGUUACAAUUGCUUUGGGAUAUAUCUCGUCAUUGUUCAUGAGAGAGCACGUUCUCCAUAAGUCAAUGAGUAGAAAAUAA